GGGCAUGACUGUGACCACCAAUGCAGUGGUCAUCACCAAGGAUCAGAGCAACUUAAUUGGCAUCAGCAUUGGUGGUGGAGCACCCAUGUGCCCUUGCCUCUAUAUAGUACAGGUCUUUGAUGGCACACCUGCUGCAAGAGAAGGCUCGCGGGAUGAGCUGCUGGCUGUCAAUUCGGUUAGUGUCAAGGGCAAAACCAAAGUGGAGGUGGCCAAAAUGAUACAAACUGCUACCGAUGAGGUUACUGUGCAUUACAACAAGCUGCAUGCAGAUCCGGAACAGGGCAAAACGCUGGACAUUAUUUUGAAAAAGCUCAAGCAUCGCAUUGUGGACAAUUUGUCCAGCAAUACGGCGGAUACGUUGGGACUCUCGCGCGCUAUACUCUGCAAUGAUUCGCUGGUGAAGCGUUUGGAGGAGCUGGAGGGCACUGAGCUAAUGUACAAAGGUCUGGUGGAGCAUGCACGCCGCAUGCUUAAGGCGUACUACGAUCUGCUGCAGACAUACAAAUCGUUUGGCGAUUGCUUUCACAAGAUCUCAGCACAUGAGCCGCAGCAGCGUGCCUCUGAAGCUUUUCGCACUUUUGGCGAAUUCCAUCGCGCACUAGAAAAAGACGGCUUGACUAUUAUAAAGCAGAUUAAGCCCGUGUUGGCUGAUCUGGGCACAUAUCUAAACAAAGCCAUACCGGAUACAAAGCUAACAGUGCGACGUUAUGCGGAUGCCAAGUUUACGUAUUUAUCUUAUUGCUUGAAGGUAAAGGAAAUGGACGAUGAGGAGCAUGGCUUUGCUGCCUUGCAGGAGCCGCUUUAUCGCGUUGAAACGGGCAACUAUGAGUAUCGUUUGAUACUGCGUUGCCGCCAGGAUGCGCGCAGCAAGUUUGCCAAGCUACGCACUGAUGUCCUGGAGAAAAUGGAGCUGCUGGAGUGCAAGCAUGCCAUGGAUUUGAAUAAACAGCUGCGCAGUUUGCUUGAAAGUCUGGCCGAUCUGCAUAGAAGCUUGGUGGAUCGGCUGGACACGCUGCCGCCUCUCUUCCCUAUUGAAGUGGACUUUAAGGAAACUGACUUCCAAUACAAGUCCAGCACACUUAAGCCACAAGAGCUGGAUGACGAUGAAAUCGAAGACAAUGCCAAUUCACAUACAAACAACAAAGUGAUUUAUGGCUUGGAGGCAGUUGAGCAGCCAGCGCCCAUUAUUACUAUGGAAACAAAAGCAGCGGAGCCCAGCAGCAACGAAAAUGAAUCAUUACUUAAAGAGCUGGGUCUCCAAGAUGUAGAUUUGCUGUCGAAUCCACAGACAAUCAGUAAUCAAAAGGAUUCCAUAGCUGCUCAAAAGGAAGCUUAUGAUUUCGAUUUAUUUCUAAAUCAAGCCAAUGCUACUACAAGUUUGGAACGUGAUCUUAUGUCGGCCAAUGCCAGCGAAACAGAUUUGCUGCUGCAAUAAAUGUACAAAUAUAUAAUAGUAGUUUACAAAUAUUUAUAUUUUC